UUGUUGCAGACAAGAGAACAGUUUCACUUUGCCACCUCUGUAGUCAUUGCUGGAUACGUCCUUGUGUAUUUUUUUUUAUUUUGAUUAUUCAUCAUCAUCAUCAUCAUCAUCAUCAUCAUUGCCAUCAUCAACAUUAUUUUCACCUGUCGGUCUUCUGGUAAAAUCAGACCAUGCUGUACCUUACACAGCUAACCGGUCUGGUGUUUGUUGCACUCAUAAAUGGCGAAGUGGCUGCAGAUUGUCCUGCUGAGCUCAAUGACCUUGUGCUGGACCCUCCUGAGCUGGUGGUACGAUAUGGAGAUCCUGUCUCAGUGAGCUGCCGUUCCCUCUCCAACUACACUCAUCUGAACUGGAGCGUUCCACUGGAAACUGUGUCCGGUCUUUAUAGUCAGACCGUCACCUGGGAAACAGACAAUCUGACUGAAUGGCAAAUACAGCCUGAGUGCUACAUGAUCCUGGAUAAUGUACAAUGCAGCAAAACUCUCCCACUUACCGUUUACAAGCCUCCAGACCGUGUGUUGAUCAGCACUGUGGGUCACACAGGGCCAAUGACUGAAGGAAAACUGUACGAGCUCCAGUGUGACAUUCAGAAUGUUGCUCCUGUUCAUCUCCUCACUGUGAACUGGUACAAAGGACCCGAUCUAGUGAACACCACAAACUUUACUGACAUUUCCACUAAGAUUCCAGUGAAUCAGUCCACCGGACUCAAGAUCUUCCCCAGCAGAGAUGAUGAGGGAGUUCGGUACAGCUGUGAGGCGGAGCUGAAUCUGGGACCUAAGUCUCCACGUAUAGUGACAUCAGAUACUCUUAUCAUAACCAAAGUGGCUGCAGAUUGUCCUGCUCAGCUCAAUGACCUUGUGCUGGACCCUGAAGAGCUGGUGGUACGAUACGGAGAGCCGGUCUCAGUGAGCUGCCGUUCCCUCUCCAACUACACUCAUCUGAACUGGAGCGUUCCACUGGGAACUGUGUUGGGUCCUGAAAAUAAGACCGUCACCUGGGAAACAGACAAUCUGACCGACUGGGAAAUACAGCCUGUGUGCUACAUGAUGCUGAAUGAUACACAAUGCAGCAAAACGCUCCCGAUUAUCGUUUACAAGAUUCCAGACCAGGUGUCUAUCAGCAUUGUGAAUCAAACAGGGCCGAUGACUGAAGGAAAAAAGUAUGAACUCCAGUGUGACAUUCAGAAUUUCGCUCCUGUGAACGUCCUCGCUGUUUUCUGGUACAAUGGAGGCAAAUUACUGAAAAACAGAGGAUUCACAGACUUGCCUACAAAAACUCCUAGUAAUAAGACUGUUACACUGAAGGUCGUCGCCAGCAGAGAUGAAGGUGAAGCUCUGUACAGUUGUGAAGCAAAGAUGAAACUGGUACUAAAAGGAUCUCAGUCUCCUCUGAUAGUGAAAUCAAAUCUUCUCGACGUUGCAGUUCACUCCAAACCCUUAAUAACUUGUUCAGAUUGGUCUCCUAUGAUAAAUACCACCUUGGACUCUUAUCCUUAUAAUGUUACGGGAAACCCAUCUCCAAAUAUCACCUGGUAUCGAGACAAAUCACCGGUCAGCCCUAGUACACGUCUCAGCAGGAAUGACUCGGGCCAGUAUCAAUACGUUGCCUCUAAUGUGAUAGGAAGUGCAUCCUGUGUCCCAAAGAUCACAGUGGAGUAUGCUCCUACAUUUACAUGUCCUGCACACCAUGAGGGGAUGGAGCAUGAAUCCUUCUUAGAUAAAUGUUCAGUUAUGGCUUCUCCUGCAGCAAACAUCACCUGGGAAAAAGAUGGGAAAAUAGUGAACCCUCUUCAUAAUCUCGCAAGGGAGGAUAGCGGCUCAUAUUUGAUAACAGCCGUGAACAAGCAUGGAACUGAGCAACACAAUUUGACCAUUAAUGUUCUGUGUGAUUGUCCCAUUAAAAUACAGCCUGUUAAAUUAGUGGUGGAGUUUGGAGCUUCAGUCUCAGCUAUCUGUUCUACAACCAUCGCCCACAAAGGCAUGGGCUGGGAGGCAUCUCAGGGAGCAGUAGGCAUGACGCAAGAGGUCCAGAACAUCACCUGGAGGGUAGAGAGCCUCACGCACUGGGACAUAAAACCAGUUUGCUACAUAAAUGUAAACUCCGGGCAGCGCGAACUCGGGCCCUCAGUUACUAUUUACAAGCGUCCAGACCGGGUGUCCAUCAGCACCGUGAAUCACAAAGGGCCGAUGAUUGAAGGCAGAGAGUACGAGCUCCAGUGUGAUGUUCAGAAUGUUGCUCCUGUUCAUCUCCUCACUGUGAACUGGUACAAAGGACAACAUCUAGUGAAAACAGAAAUCUUUUCUGAUAAGACCCCAUAUCCAGCUGAUAAAACCACAACACUUCAGAUCUCCCCGAGCAAAGAUGAUGAUGGAGUUCAGUACAGAUGUGAGGCAGAACUGAAUCUGGGACCAGAAGGACCUCAACCUCCUCCUAAAGUGACAUCAGAUCCUCUCAACAUUGCAGUUCACUACAAACCCGUAAUAACUUGUUCAGGUUGGUCUCCUAUGAUAAAUACCCCCUUGGACUCUUAUCCUUAUAAUGUUACGGGAAACCCAUCUCCAAAUAUCACCUGGUAUCGAGACAAAUCACCGGUCAGCCCUAGUACACGUCUCAGCAGGAAUGACUCGGGCCAGUAUCAAUACGUUGCCUCUAAUGUGAUAGGAAAUGCAUCCUGUGUCCCAGAGAUCACAGUGGAGUAUGCUCCUACAUUUACAUGUCCUGCACACCAUGAGGGGAUGGAGCAUGAGUCCUUCUUAGAUAAAUGUUCAGUUAUGGCUUCUCCUGCAGCAAACAUCACCUGGGAAAAAGAUGGGAAAAUAGUGAACCAUCUUCAUAAUCUCGCAAGGGGGGAUAGCGGCUCAUAUUUGAUAACAGCCGUGAACAAGCAUGGAACUGAGCAACACAAUUUGACCAUUAAUGUUCUGUACAAACCCGUAAUAAAUUGUUCAGGUUGGUCUCCUAUGAUAAAUACCCCCUUGGACUCUUAUCCUUAUGUUAUGGGAAAUCCAUCUCCAAAUAUCACCUGGUAUCGAGACAAAUCACCGGUCAGCCCUAGUACACGUCUCAGCAGGAAUGACUCGGGCCAGUAUCAAUACGUUGCCUCUAAUGUGAUAGGAAAUGCAUCCUGUGUCACAAAGAUCACAGUGGAGUAUGCUCCUACAUUUACAUGUCCUGCACACCAUGAGGGGAUGGAGCAUGAAUCCUUCUUAGAUAAAUGUUCAGUUAUGGCUUCUCCUGCAGCAAACAUCACCUGGGAAAAAGAUGGGAAAAUAGUGAAACCUCUUCAUAAUGUCGCAAGGGGGGAUAGCGGCUCAUAUUUGAUAACAGCCGUGAACAAGCAUGGAACUGAGCAACACAAUUUGAUCAUUAACGUUCUGUAUCUUUCUGAAAUUCAGCUGGACGAGCCCUCACAAGUGGUGACGGUAGGCAACGAUGUGUCUCUGAGCUGCACUGCAGAGGGGAAUCCAGAACCUGAAGUGACAUGGAGCUUUCAAAAUCAAUCUAAGACCACUGGGAGGCGUCAGAUAACGCUAAACAUUGCUAAAGCCAAGGCUACUGAUGCUGGUGAAUAUACGUGCACUGCUAGUAAUAAACUUGGGAGGAACACAAAGAUAGCUACACUGACGGUACAAGAAAGCAACCUUCGAACAGCAAUAAUUUGCUGUGUGCUUUUAUUAUUAGUUUUACUCAUUAUUUUAUAUGUAAUUUUCAAGUGUGUCAAACACAGACGAUCUGGAACGUACAACAUACAGGCUAAUGGUGCGGUCAGUAUGGCACUAUUGAACCAGAAUGAUGGAAAAGAUCAUUGAAUUUGACUCAUAGGUAAAGAUACCUCUGUGUGAUUUUAGAUUUGUGCUAAGCAUUUGUGCUUCAUACACAAGGACUGCCUACUGCUGGAAUGGACAUAUGUUUGCUUUGUUUAUGCUUUAAUCUUUUGUAAACACAUUGGAGUGAAGCAAUUUCAUAUUGGGCGAUGAUGUGGAGAGAAAUUUCUGCGCUCAGGAGGCAUAAAAAAAUGGAUAAUCUUUAAGCGUAAACAUAUAUAUAUAUAGCUCUGCUGAAAAACAAAACAAUAGAAACCAUCACAAAAAUUCGGUUUCCACUACAAGUACAACUAUAAACCAUCAGCUAACCAUUAAAACCAUUACCAUAACUGGUCCUUAAUGGAGUCCCGCCAGGGCCAUGUCUGUGCGGAGUUUGCAUGUUCUCCCCGUGCUGCGGGGGUUUCCUCCGGGUACUCCGGUUUCCUCCCCCAGUCCAAAGACAUGCAUGGUAGGAUGAUUGGCGUGUCUAAAGUGUCCGUAGUGUAUGAAUGGGUGUGUGAGUGUGUAUGUGAUUGUACCCUGCGAUAGACUGGCACCCUGUCCAGGAUGUACCCCGCCUUGUGCCCGAUGCUCCCUGGGAUAGGCUCCAGGUUCCCCGUGACCCUGAAAAGGAGUAAGCGGUAGAAGAUAGAUGGAUGGAUGGAUGGAUGGUCCUUAAUGGUAUUCACUAGACAUAUCAUGCCACCAAUAGAAGGCAACAAAUUACCAGUAGAGAACCACAGGGACCAUUACAGUUUCCAUUAAAACCAAUACAAUUCCCAUUAUAACCAUUAAAACCAUAUUAAUUUGUUUCUAUUGUUUUUUUUUUCAGCAGGGAGGGCUUUAAAAAAUCAUUUUGACACAAAUCUGGAUGCACAUUCAAGAAAUGAUGAACCUCAUAUAUGCUGUCUUUUUGUGUGUGUGUGUGUGUGUGUGUGUGUUUUAACUUUUCAAAGUGUUUGUUGUAUAUUUAAGAUAGCUUUUUUAAUUCACUGCUCAAAUUAUGUGUUUGGUGUGACAGGCUCAAUUCAUAAAUGUUUUUGGUGUCUUAAUUGCCACUUUUAAAAAAAAAAUGUUUUUUUUUUUUUUUUUUUUACAAUUAAAAGCAAUAUCUUAUAAAACCACAUUGUUUAGAAAACAAAAGAAAUAGC